GCCUCGAUAUCUGCUGACAUCAGCACAACACUGAUGGUUCAUAAGGUCAGACAACAUGUUCUCCAUCUAGAAGCUGAAGCAAGAAAGAGAGAGAAAAGAUGGGGAUUGGGUUUAUUGCAGACACGGCUAUAAUGUUCGGCACACAGGUGCUGUUCUUCGGGGGCGGAUGGAUUUUCUUCAUGAGGAAACUGUUCAAGAAUUUUGAGAUUCAUAAUAUGGUCGUACAAAUUAUAUUCUCUGUAAUCUUUGCACUCUCGUGUACGAUGUUUGAGUUGAUCAUCUUUGAAAUCGGCGGAUUAUUAGAUGCAAGUUCCCGGUACUUCCAUUGGCAGCUCAAUCUCUACUGUAUGUUAAUCACUGUCAUUUUUAUCAUUCCGUUCUACGUUGCUCUUCUUAUGGUGGACAACAUCAGAAUAGUCUCAAGAAGAAGAGUUGCGAGGUUCCUGUCGCUGGGAAUGUGGGCGUUGUUCUUAUACCUGUUCUGGAAACUCGGAGACCCAUUCCCCAUUCUCAGUGCCAAGCACGGCAUAUUCUCGAUUGAGCAGCUGAUCAGUAGAGUGGGCGUGAUCGGUGUCACGAUGAUGGCUGUGCUCUCAGGGUUUGGAGCAGUCAACGCACCUUACACCUACAUGGCUUACUUUAUGAGAAAUGUGACUGAUGGUGAUGUACAAAACCAAGAGAAGAGAUUGCUCCAGACAAUGGACAUGAUCAUCUCAAAGAAGAAGAGAAUAGCAGCUGCACAAAAGCAAAGCCUCCAGUUCCACGAGGACCAGUCUGGCAACAAACAGAGCAGCAUGAGGAAGAUGUGGAGUGUGUUCAGUGGAAAGUUCUCGGGUACCUCGGAAAACAUUGGUGCCCUACAAAAAGAGGUGGGAGCACUGGACGAACUCAAGAGUCAGCUGUUCUUAGAGUAUGUGGAUCUCCAUUCUGUUAAGGAAAGAAUGGUGUACGCAAAGACACUUAAAGGAAGAUACUACGAUUUCAUUGGGCACUUCUUUUCAAUAUAUUGCAUGUACAAGAUAUUUAUCUGCACUAUUAAUAUCAUAUUCGACAGAGUUGGUAAAGUAGACCCUGUCACUCGUGGCCUGUCUAUAACAGUGAACUGGCUGGGGAUCCAAGUGGAUGUUGAGUUCUGGUCUCAACACGUGUCCUUCAUCCUGGUUGGGAUCAUUGUCAUCACGUCUGUACGAGGACUACUCAUCAGUCUCACUAAAUUCUUCUACGCCAUAGCCAGCACAAAGUCCUCCACAAUCAUUGUGCUGUGUCUAGCCGAGAUCAUGGGUAUGUACUUUGUAUCGUCAGUUCUACUGAUGCGGAUGAACAUGCCCGAGGAGUACAGGUCUAUUAUCAGUGCUGUAUUGGGGGACUUGGAGUUCAGUUUCUAUCAUCGCUGGUUCGAUGUCAUAUUCUUAGUGAGUGCCCUGACAAGCAUUGGGUUCCUAUAUCUAGCCCACCAGCAGUCACCAGAGAAGAAGAUGCUUGUCUGAUGGGGGUUUGUUUCUGAAUCACAUGACUGUCACAUGACACCUUUAAAUCUGUAAAAUGAUUUCUAUAAUAAUUAUCACGACUCUCUUUCCUCACUCAAUUUUUGGCUAUAAAUAAAUAAAAUUAUAUCGCAUGAAUCUGAA